AUGCCACUUUGUCAAAAAAAUAACGCACCGUGUGCCUAAUCCAUAUUUGUACAGGGAAAGUUUCCACCCUUUUCUCAGGAAACGAAAGUACAGUAUAUCGUGCAUUAUAUCUUCAAACGACUUUCAGUAUCAACCAGACGAGUUGACAGCUUGAAGAAGAGUCGACAAAAAGGGAAGACUAUGCUUAUUGAGUGACUCGAACUAAUUACCAUGUAAAAGAUCGACUACAUCAAGAUGAAUUGUCCUGAAUGUGGGCACCAAGCGGCAGAAUCGUCUAAAUUCUGCAGUGAAUGCGGCUUCAAGUUAACGUUAGCUGCUCAAGUUUGCACCACAGAUGGGACCACUUCAGAGCACCAAACAUCUGUGGUCCGUGAAGCAGAGCCCCAGAAGGAGGAUGAACCACUGACAUCAUCAGGGAACAAGACCGACACACCUCUGAAACACUCCAGUGAAGAACCAGGGGGCAAUCUCAAGAAAAAGAAUGGAGGCUCUCCCAGCGCUACUGAGCUGAGCACCGACACACGUCAAGAGAAAGAGGAGUUGUCUGGCAGUGAGAGCUCUACUCCUACUCCAGCGGUGGAUGGCCCUCCUGUCAACACUGCCACACCGGCUGGCCCACUUCCUGUCAACACUGCCACACCGGCUGGCCCACUUCCUGUCAACACUGCCACACCGGCUGGCCCACUCCCUGUCAACACUGCCACACCGGCUGGCCCACUUCCUGUCAACACUGCCACACCGGCUGGCCCACUUCCUGUCAACACUGCCACACUGGCUGGCCCACUUCCUGUCAACACUGCCACACCUGCUGGCCCUCCUGUCAACACUGCCACAUCUACUUGUACUCCAACCAUACCUAUAGCCUCUCCAAUCCCAUCCCCCCACCAGACACUGCCAGAAGACCAGGCCAAGGGUCCAUCAAAGGUAAAUGUAGGCGCACCAAUGAAUGAGCCAAACCCAAGUCUAACACGACCUAGUCCUACAUCAGUCACACAGGAGUUACCUGACAAGAUCGCCUCAUCCACACCCGAGACAGCUGAUCAGAACACAGGAGGACCUGCCUCAAACCCGACUCAACCAGCCAGUAAACUCUUGGAUGAGGAUGUCCUGAAGGGGACAUCACACGGGUCAAGGGAGACAUCAAAAAGCCUUGAAGGUGAAGAUAACACAGAGGUUAGAGGUCAGAAUGAACUGAAGACCUCUAGUAACCAGGCCGACGAGAAUACCACCAAUGAGGCAGACCCAAAGAAGUGUGUUGACCAAUCCCAAGUGUCCCCUGAUGAUCAGAGGGGUUCUGACCCAACCGAUGAGCCAAACACUAGUCAAGCACAACCUGCUAGUCCUGCUGCCACAGUAACACAGGAGGUGCCAGAGAAGACAUCUGAGAGAAAAGAUCAGAACGAAGCAGGACCUGCUUCAGUUCCAAGUCAACCAGUAGGGCAGCUGUCAUAUAAAGACGUUCUGGUGGGGACCUCUCAGGAGACGGGAGAUCUGUCCAGGAGGCAGGGGGUUGGAGCCAGUAACCACAGAGACCAGAGCAGCAAAGAUGAAGCAAACUUCCGGAACUUUGUUUCUGGAUCCCACAAGGCCGAGGCUGGUGACAAGCCUCAAGAAUCAAGACAAGUGGCUUCCAAGCCAAACAAGGAGCCAGAGAAGCUGAGUAAUACGGGUGGUGGUGAUGCCUCCAAGUCAUCUACUAUUGACGCCCCACCUGCAGAUAAAAAUCUGCCUCCGAACCAACGCAAUGAAGACCGCUUCCAACAUCAGCCACUGCCUCCUCAGUUGCCACCAAGCACACGACAGGUCCGUAGAAGUGAUGACCUCACCAUCUAUUUCCAUGCCAUCAUUUCCAAAGACUUCAAACUGAACUCAAAAACUGACCGGAUAUUCUUAAGAUCUGAAAGUCUCUUUGGAACUUGGAACAUAAAUGGCAAAGAAAUGUUUAUCACCCGGUAUGGUCUUUAA